GAAAAAAAAAAAAUCUGCCUUCGAUCCUUCUCCUUCUCCUGCUUUCUAGAUCAGGGAACCGCCAUGUCUACAAUCACCAUAGAGCCUUUUCUACACCAUUGUUGUCGUCGACAGAGCCCUAGAAUCUCUCGUGGAGCCCGGGAUUUUCGGCCAUGCUCGCUGAGUCUGCGUGGUUGUUUCACUUCGAAGACGCUCCUCUCUAAUGGAAGAAGCAUCGCCGCCGGUGCAGGAGCCAGAGACAGAGCCGGAGCCUUCACGAGCUUUGGUCUCCGUAGCUUGAAGCGUUGGAGGUUCGUGACGAUCCAAGCUAGCUCAACCGAUGCUGCUGUCAUGGAAACUUCGGAUGAUGUCGUCUUCAAGGAAACUUUCCCAAUCAAGCGAAUUGAGAAGGUGGAAGGAAAGAUUUAUGUUAGAUUGACUCAGGUGAAGGGAAACAAUUGGCAGCUCAGUGUAGGAUGUAAUCUUGCUGGAAAAUGGAUCAUUCAUUGGGGAGUUUCAUAUGCGGGUGAUAUCGGCAGCGAAUGGGACCAACCUCCGGAAGAUAUGAGACCGCCCGGUUCUGUUGCUAUCAAGGACUAUGCCAUCGAGACACCCUUGAAGAAGUCAUCAGAAGGAGAUCCAUUUCAUGAAGUCAAAAUCGAUCUGAAUCUCAAAAGCUCAAUAGCAGCUCUUAAUUUUGUGUUGAAGGAUGAAGAGACUGGAGUUUGGUAUCAGCACAGAGGAAGAGAUUUUAAGGUUCCUCUUCUGGACUAUGUUGAUGACGACGGCAAUGUGAUUGGAGCAAAGAGAGGCUUCGGUAUAUGGCCAGGCGCCCUUGGGCAGCUCUCAAGCAUCCUUCUCAAAUCAGAUGAACUGCAUACUAAAGAUCAAGAUAGCAGCAAGGAAUCAGCUGGUUUUGGACAAGAAAAGAAAGGCCUCGAAGGGUUUUAUGAGGAGAUCCUUAUUACUAAAGAAGUUGCAGUUGUUAACUCAGUCAGUGUCAUUGUGAAAAAAUGCCCCAAGACAUCUAAAAAUAUGGUACAUUUGGAAACUGAUACACCCGGUGAUGUUAUUGUCCAUUGGGGAGUUAACAAAGCUGGCAGUAGAAACUGGGAAAUUCCAGCUGAACCAUACCCAGAAGAGACAUCUUUGUUUAAGAACAAAGCAUUAAGGACUCGCUUACGGCCAAAGGAUGAUGGAAGUGGAUCUUAUGGAUUUUUCCAUUUGGAUGAGAAGCUCGCAGGGUUAUCUUUUGUUCUCAAGUUAAAUGAAAAUACUUGGCUGAAUGAUAAGGGCGAUGACUUCUAUGUCCCUUUCAUUACUUCAAGUAGUUUGCCUGUUGAAACUGAAGCUGCUCAAGUGAGUAGAACCACAACAGAAGUUGAUCAAGAAGGUUCCCAGAGCGCUUACACUAAGGAAAUCAUCAAUGAAAUAAGGAACUUGGUGAGUGACAUCUCCUCACAAAAGAAUCAGAAGACAAAGACAAAAGAAGCACAAGAGAACAUUCUGCAAGAGAUUGAGAAACUAGCUGCUGAGGCAUACAGUAUAUUUAGAAGCACUGUUCCAACAUUUACAGAGGAGAGUAUUUCAGAAGUAAAGGCUGAGAAGCCUCAGGUCAAAAUAUCCUCUGGAACAGGCACAGGAUAUGAGAUAUUGUGCCAAGGAUUUAACUGGGAGUCCCACAAAUCGGGAAGAUGGUACAUGGAAUUGAAAGAUAAAGCCGAUGAGAUAGCUUCACUUGGAUUUACCAUUGUGUGGUUACCUCCUCCAACAGAAUCUGUGUCACCUGAAGGAUACAUGCCUAAAGACCUGUAUAAUUUGAACUCAAGAUAUGGAACUAUUGAUGAGCUGAAAGAUCUCGUGACGAGAUAUCACGAGGUUGGGAUCAAAGUUCUUGGUGAUGUUGUCUUGAAUCAUCGAUGUGCGCAUUACAAGAAUGGAAAUGGCAUUUGGAAUCUAUUCGGUGGGCGUCUGAAUUGGGAUGAUAGGGCAAUAGUUGCAGAUGACACUCACUUUCAGGGUAGGGGAAACAAGAGCAGUGGUGAUAAUUUCCACGCUGCUCCAAACAUAGAUCACUCACAGGAGUUUGUUAGGAAGGACCUCAAGGAAUGGUUAAACUGGCUCAGAGAAGAAGUAGGGUAUGAUGGGUGGAGGCUUGAUUUUGUAAGAGGAUUUUGGGGAGGUUAUGUGAAGGACUAUUUGGAGUCAAGUGAGCCAUACUUUGCUGUAGGUGAAUAUUGGGAUUCUCUUAGUUACACGUACGGAGAAAUGGACUACAAUCAAGACGCUCAUCGACAGAGGAUUGUCGACUGGAUUAACGCCACCAAUGGAACUGCAGGCGCUUUCGAUGUCACAACCAAAGGGAUUCUUCACGCUGCACUUGACAGAUGUGAAUAUUGGAGGCUCUCGGAUGCGAGUGGAAAGCCUCCAGGGGUGGUUGGAUGGUGGCCUUCUCGUGCUGUAACGUUCAUUGAGAAUCACGACACUGGUUCUACACAGGGUCAUUGGAGAUUUCCAGGUGGGAAGGAAAUGCAGGGAUACGCAUACAUAUUGACGCAUCCGGGAACACCGGCAGUGUUCUUCGACCAUAUCUUCUCUAACUACCGUUCCGAAAUUGCCCAUCUUAUCUCUCUCAGAAACCGCAACCAAAUCAACUGUCGGAGCACUGUGAAAAUAACAAAGGCGGAGAGGGAUGUAUACGCGGCCAUAAUAGACGAGAAGGUGGCGAUGAAGAUCGGGCCUGGUCAUUACGAACCACCAAGUGGCCCUCAAAACUGGACUCAUUCCAUCCAAGGAAAAGACUUCAACGUCUGGGAAUUGUCGUAAGUUCACCCCCCCCCCCCCACAUAUACACACACAUAUGUACACUAUAUACUUUUGUUUCGUAUACCAGGAGGACUCCAUCGCCUGGUUUAUAUAAUAUAUUAUUAUAUAUAAAUACCACUCCAUCUGUCCAGAUUGUGCCGUACGAAAUUGACUUGAAUCAUCUGAUUAAAAUUGAAGUUGAUAGUGGCACUAUCCAUCUAAUCUGGAAAUGUAAUGUACGUUGGUGACUUACUCUCCCCUGGUAAAGAUGUGCCGAUUUUUACCCCGUGUAUAUGGUUCGUAUUCAUGUUGUUGUAAUUGCUAUUUUCAGAACCUGUAUAGUUGUCGUAUAUAAAAAAAAAACAUGUUAUUCAUCGUUA